UCUCUCGACGACAUAUAUAAUAAAUUAAUAUAUUAAAAUAUUUAUCAUAUAUUACAAAAAAAAUAUUUAAAAAAAUCAUUAAAAAUUAUAUUAGAAAAAUAUUUAAAAUAAAUUAUAUUUUAAUUGUUAUCAACUUAAAUUAAUUAUUAAAAAAAAUCAUAGAAAAAGUUAAAAAUUUAUUGAAAUUGUUUAUUUUGUUGCGCGAAGCGAGUAAAAAGUCCCGAAAAACGUGCGAGACAACCAAACUGGAUUAAUUUAAAAAAAUUAUUUAAAAAAAAUCCGAAAAUAAAAUAAGAAAAGUGAAGAAAAUAGUGAUCAGUUAAAAUUCUAACCUCAAAAUAAAUAAAAAUAUAACCUAAAAAAAAGUUUCGAGGAAAAAUUAAAAAACCGUGGCGUCUUCGGAAGAGAAGGAUAACGGCGGUGAACCAUCAUCCGCCCUGCUAUCAAAAUUAGGUGGUUCAUUGUUUGGGGCGGUCAAAGGAUCGCCUCAGAAGGUCGUUACUAACGUAAAAGGAUUUAUUGCUGAUCGGAUUUCAGGAGCGAUUCCAGAUCCAGGUUGCCUUAUCCAUUGGAAGUAGACAAGUACAAUUGAUGACAUCAUAUCACAGAGGUUUGCUGAAACAAAAAAAAAAAUCAUCAUUAAAUAAAUCUUAAGAGACUUUAAAAGUUUAGUACAAAAAAAAAGUUUAAAAAAAAUAAUUAAAAAUGGAUGAAAAAACACUUCCAAUCCUGAACAUCACAGUCGCGGAAGCGAAAGCUCUGUUCUGGGAGCGUGUCAAAGAACCAACCAACCAGAAACGCAUCAUCUUAGUUAUAGUGUCGAUAGCUUUGUUGCUGGAUAACAUGCUGUAUAUGGUAAUUGUGCCCAUAAUCCCGGAUUAUUUGAACGAAAUUGGGGCAUGGGACGACGAUGAUGAAGUUACGACAAAAGCUACGAUUGUCGCGAAGAAUCAAAGUGUCGCCAAUGCACCUACCACGAUGCGAACGAUGCAUCAUCCGGGUCAAGAUUCGGCAACGGGAUUCUUGUUUGCGUCAAAAGCCAUCGUUCAACUUCUUGUGAACCCCUUUUCGGGUGCGCUGAUUGAUAAAAUCGGCUAUGAACUCCCCAUGAUGAUCGGGUUGAUAAUCAUGUUCUUUUCCACGGCAAUGUUUGCCUGCGGCGGAAGUUAUGGACUCCUGUUCUUUGCAAGAUCUUUACAAGGCGUAGGUUCAGCAUUUGCCGAUACUUCUGGCUUGGCAAUGAUCGCUGAUCGGUAUACGGAAGAGAAUGAACGUUCCCAAGCGUUGGGUAUCGCAUUAGCGUUCAUUUCAUUUGGAUGUCUUGUAGCGCCCCCUUUUGGCGGGGCAUUGUACCAGUUUGCGGGUAAAGCGGUGCCAUUUUUGAUUUUGGCGUUAGUUUGUGUGAUCGAUGGCGCCAUGUUGCUUCUUGUGAUGCGACCUGUCAAAGAACAGAUCCGGUUGAGUCAAGAGGCGAAACAGCCAACUGUGCCGAUCUGGAAGUUGUUGAUGGAUCCCUAUAUUGCGGUAUGUGCGGGUGCCUUGACAAUGUCGAACGUUGCCCUUGCCUUCCUCGAACCAACGAUCUCCGUAUGGAUGGAGGACAACUUAACGCGGGACAAUUGGAAGAUCGGGAUGGUUUGGUUGCCCGCCUUCUUCCCGCACGUUUUGGGCGUCGUUCUGACCGUCAAACUUGCGAAAGCUUAUCCGCAUCAACAAUGGCUCAUGGCAGCUGUUGGCUUAACACUCGAGGGAUUAAGUUGUUUCCUGAUCCCGAUCUCGAGUUCAUACCAAAUGCUCAUGAUCCCCAUUUGCAUCAUUUGCUUUGGCAUCGCGCUGAUCGAUACAGCUUUGUUACCAACUUUAGGUUACAUCGUUGAUGUUCGGUAUGUCAGUGUCUAUGGAAGCAUUUACGCCAUCGCUGACAUUUCAUACUCGAUGGCAUACGCUGUUGGUCCAAUUAUCGCCGGGGCCGUUGUCGAACUCAUCGGAUUCACUGCCUUGAACAUCCUCAUUGCAUUCUCGAAUCUCGCCUAUGCGCCCGUUCUCAUGUACUUGCGAAAUAUCUACGAUUUCAAACCGUUCGAGAACGAAGCCAACAUCCUAAUGCAAGAUCCGCCGAACAAGGAAUACCAAACUUACACGAUGCACAAUCAACAAGCUGUCGACGGCGAAUUCAAAAAUCAUCUCGAAUACGGUUACGAGCAACAAGGCGGCAUUGCCGAGACAAAUAUCGAUCAGGAGCCGCAAUAUCAGCAGCAAAAUGACUCGUAUCAGCAAUAUCAACCAGGGUAUCAGGAACAAGGCGGCGUUUAUCAACAACAACCACAGCAGCAGCAGCAAUCGCGUCACUUGCCUCAGCAACCUGUGGGAAAUCCAUUCAGACAGCGACAAGAACAGCAGCAACAGCAACAACCACAACCUAAAAUUUCGAAUCCAUUCCGACAAGGCAUGAAUUAAACGGUUCCUAUUAAAAAUUUAAAAAAAUAUUAAAAUAAUAAUUUCGCUUUAAAAAAUGUAAAAAAACUUCCCGUUAAAUAUUUAAAAAAAAAAAAUUGUACAAAUUGGGACAAAAUUUCAAAAAAUUGCAAAAGUAAGAUAAAAAAAAGUGUCGUCCUUGAAAUGAAAAAUAAAAUUGGCAGGCGCACAAGUGGUUGGCUAAUUCAUAAGUUAUACACACAAAAAAACUGCCCGGUCGAUUGUUUGGUUUUAAAUUAAUUGAAAUCUGAUUCAAGUCGUGUAAAAAGACAACAGAAAUAAAUAUAUCAUUGUAAUUUUAUUAUUAUUAGGUAUUAGAUAGGAUUAAGAAAAGUCAUGAAAUUCGAUACACAAUCAAUAUAAUAAU